AUGAACUAUUGGAGAUGGUUCCUCUAUGGUUCAUAUUUCUACAAAUGCUCUGGGGCAAGUUCUCUGUUUGCCUAUAUUGAAGACACGAUUGAUGAAAAUAAAGAGGAUGAUGAUCAAGGGGAAGAAUAUGAAGAUUCAUACGAUCAAGAGGAAUCCAACUAUUCAUCUUAUAUUGGCACUUAUACUAUCAUGGUUGAUGCAUCAGCUCAAUCUGUUGAAUUAAAAAAUAUUUAUCAUCCAAGAUUGAACAAGCAUAUUCAGUUUCCUUUCUCUUCUCUAUUAUCACCUCCUACUCCUCCUAAGGUUUUACAGCAUGAAUCGACUCCAUGCCAAGCUGACACUACUCUUCUAUUGUCUUCUCUAAUUCAAACUACUAUUAAAGUUUCGUUAUCACCUCCACGACAAGUUAUUUCUCCUAUUCCGCUGAUCUCCUCUCUUCAAACUGCUGUUGUGUUUCAGGGGGAUUCAUGUUUUUCCAACUUUCAAGCAACAUUUCUUUCUUAG